AGAGAUUGGCUCCUCACUGACCAAUGAGGAUUGCCGGAGAGCAGGGUGGCUCGCCCGACUGUGGAUAUAAACCAAGGAUCUUGGUGAAGUCCUGUCAUCGACACGAUCACACAGCAACCAUGAGGUCUCUGGUCUUCGUUCUGCUCAUCGGAGCUGCUUUUGCCACGGAGGACGACAAGAUUGUCGGAGGGUAUGAGUGCGAGCCCUACUCCCAGGCCCAUCAGGUGUCUCUGAACUCUGGCUACCACUUCUGUGGAGGCUCCCUGGUCAACGAGAACUGGGUUGUGUCUGCUGCUCACUGCUACAAGUCCCGUGUGGAGGUGCGUAUGGGCGAGCACAACAUCAAGGUCACUGAGGGAAGCGAGCAGUUCAUCAGCUCCUCCCGUGUCAUCCGUCACCCCAACUACAGCUCCUACAACAUCAACAAUGACGUCAUGCUGAUCAAGCUGAGCAAGCCCGCCACCCUCAACCAGUAUGUGCAGCCUGUGGCUCUGCCCAGCGCCUGUGCCCCCGCUGGCACCAUGUGCAAAGUCUCUGGCUGGGGCAACACCAUGAGCUCCACUGCUGACAAGAACAAGCUGCAGUGCCUGGAUCUCCCCAUCCUGUCUGAGCGUGACUGUGAGAACGCCUACCCUGGCAUGAUCACUCAAGCCAUGUUCUGCGCUGGUUACCUUGAGGGAGGCAAGGACUCUUGCCAGGGUGACUCCGGUGGCCCCGUCGUGUGCAACGGUGAGCUGCAGGGUGUUGUGUCCUGGGGCUACGGAUGUGCUGAGAGGGAUCACCCUGGUGUCUAUGCCAAGGUCUGCCUCUUCAACGAUUGGCUGGAGACGACCAUGGCCAACUAUUAAGUCUGAUCCUGCGAUCAACAUUUUACUCUGCUGCCUUUUUUCCAUCAUUCUAACUCAAAUACUGUCGUUGAGUUUUGAACAUUGUGCAGUCAUUUAACAUCUGAAUCAAUAAAGUCUUACACCUUGACUUUAAAA